UGCAGAAAGAGUUAAGUUCGGCACCACCCCCUAUAUCCGCGCAUAAUUAUGUAUAUACAUGUAUAUGUACUUGUGCAUGUCCUGUAAAAUAAUUAUGCUCAGAUGAAAGCAUUAUUCGCUACUACCGCCUAGUACAUGUAUGCAGAUUAAAGGUGUACUUAUAUGUCAUCUGCAUAUAUAACAAAAAAAGGAAAUGUACCGACAGAUAAACAAAAUAAACUGAAAAAGAAAUGCUACUAAUUUGUUGGCCAAUUAAAAGGACAUAAUGAACAAAUGAUAAUACAUUUUGUGUUGAAAUGAGUAAUUCAUAUGUUGUCGUCAGAAGCAUUUUCUACGCUAAAUACUUGCAUUAAUGAAUAAGGAUCUAACAAUGGCAUUUCUGUAUUACAUGAAUACAGUGCACUUAUUUCAAAUUCUGAAACCUAACAAGAUGGAUUAUGAAAUAAUUGUGCCAUUGCUAUUCAGUAUUUCACAUUUUACAGGAUUUUCACAUGCUCAGUGCCCCUUGGGUAACUACGGCUCUACCUGUGAACUUAAGUGUGGUCAAUGCGCCGGGGACGGGUCAUGUGAUCAGAUAACCGGGUCAUGUGUCGGUGGUUGUAAUCCGGGGUAUACCGGGUCAAAGUGCGAUGGGGCGUGUCCCUCAACAUGUGGGGGUGACGGAAGUUGUUUCCAGUAUCCCCCAUACUGCAGAAAUGGAUGCCAGGCUGGCUAUACAGGCUUAAGGUGCGAUCAAGUAACCAUCUCUACCUGUCCCCUCAACUGUUUGGAGCCCUGUGGUACUUAUGAUUGUCCGAGCGGGUGUCUGCCUGGGUACUAUGGUUUUGAUUGUAGUGUUCGAUGCAGCUGUUCGUCAGGGGUCGCUUGUGAGCAGAUCUCUGGGGUCUGUGAGAUAACAACACACAAGAGUUCUCCAUCAGUACUAACAAGUAGUACAAGAACUGUGUCAGCUGAUACAACGACCAAUGGGACAACAGAGAAACCUGGAGAAUUAACGAAAAUAAUUACAAAUACUGAAACAACAGGAAAAACGACAGCAACAACUGAAGCAAAAGAGAAAACAACGGCAACAAGAGGGGGAUUGAAGGAAACAAUACCAACAACUGGAACAACAGAAAGAACAGAAACAACAACUGGAGCAACAGUGAAAAUAAUAGCAACAACUGGAACAACAGGGACAACAGUAGCAACAACUGAAGCAUCAGAGAAAGCAAUUAUGACAGCAACAUCUAGAGCAUCAUCAAUACCUGCAAAAAGGACAACACCAGCAACUUAUGGGACAUAUAUCGUCAUUCAUUACGUUGACGAAAGUGGUGUUGUUGUUGCUAACAAUUCUGAAACAACAACAUUGUCAAUCAUGCCAUCAGAAUCUCUGUCGUUUUACACCACUGCUUUCUGGGUACCUGUUGCACUAUUGAGUCUCGUUAUGGCAAUGGGCUGUAUUAGAACAAUUUGGAAACUGUAUGCUAGGAAACGCAAGAACAACAUAUCUUCCUACGAAAGUCGGUUCGUUUUAUCUGAAGAAAUUAACGUGGCUUACAUGUAUGACAGACUUAACGAGCCAGAUAAUAUCUAUAUUGAGCUGGAACGAAUGCCAACGACUACCUCAUUUUCAGACAACAGAGGAGGCAGUCAAUAUUACUCCACGGUAGCAUCUCUCCGGGAUCAUGCUAAAUUUAUAUCAGACAAUCGUGCCUUGGCGGAUCAAGUGAUUUUAGAGGAGGGGGUUAUCCCUGAUGGUCAGCCCCAGAGGGUUUCAGAGGCCCACUCGUACCUUUAUCUCAUACCUUGACCUAAUCUCUAAAAAUAGCACCAAAACAAUAACAGCAACCGACAUGGAAGACUUUCGGCUUUUUUAACCUACGUGUA